AGAGAAAUCUCUGAGAUUCAGCCCAUCCACCACGUUAGGUCAGGUCACUCCUUCGGUCCAUGAUACAUAUAUUUACAUUCGCGUAUUACGAUUUGGUCGUCGCCUUACGAGAUAGAAGAACCUGUUUUUUGCCUCCACUCUUCCUUUAAUCUCCACCAGUUUGGUUUAUCCUGAGUGCUAAUCCGAACGUGAACUUGAACGUAUUGCGAAUGAGCAUCGCAUCAUACAUCGCAAAAUCCAGUUACAUUAUUACAUAGUUGGCUGGGUGGUGAUGAUUAGCAUAAUAUACAUGAACACGUAAAGUAACUUGUCCGUCCGUCCCAUGCAUCGUGAUCCAUCCAUCCAGUGUACAUUGCGAUAAUAUUACAUUCAAUCUCUUUGUGCAACAACUUUUUAUUGACGGACUCUAUAGAACUAGUGAGCCAUUCUACAUGUCUGUUCUCUCUUGUAUAAUAAAACACGUCCAAUUUCGGGAUCCCCAAUCCAAACCACAUCUGCCAAAAAGUCGCAAAACUUGGGGAGACGCGCAGUCUGCCCUUUCCUUCCAAUCCUACAACAUCCAUCCACUCAUUCGUCGCGAAAUUUCUGCUCGCAUCAAACAUUUACGCGUCUAAAUUACAUUUAGAGCAAAAAGUGCGACGAAUAUAAAUGUUGGAAUGUUGCACAUUUAAUUGGGCCACAUUGAAUGCUGGAAAGUGAAGCUGGAUCCCGUCAUCGAAAGUAUAUACAGAAAACAUACACAGAACAACUAAUUUUGACAAAUUUCGGUUCAACUUGACUUCCUGAGUAGAAUAAAGCAAGUAAAAGAAAGGAGAAGAAGGAUUCAGCAAGAGCGGGAGUGAGUGGUCAUUAGUGGUCAUCGCUUAUUAGCUUUGAAACAAGUUCUUCAAGACUAAACCAACACCAGGAAGAACAGCAGGACAUCGACCCAGUAGAUUAUUAGCAGAUAUUGGAUCCGAACAAUAAACCAGUCUCUCGAUUCACACACCACGACGAGACGAGGGAUCCACGAGAGACUCAAUUUCAACAAGAACACUUUUUUAGUACGAAUUAACCAGAAUUUGUCUCAACCUCAAGAUUAACACAACAAUGGAACCCAGCGAUUGAAAAACAAGACAACUUCAUCUUCAAAUGAAGCAAAUGUGUCAUUAUUUUUGAGGCACACGGCUGCAGUGACAAGAUGAAGCUGUUUCUGUCACAUUUGGUGACAAUUAUUACCAUUCUGGUCAGCGCCAUCCCAGGAAAGUCUGAGCAUGUUUGCGACUUUGACAGAAAUUGCCUUCAGAUUUACAACAAUAUGAAAUCCGUGUACGAGGAGGUGCCAAGUGACUUGACGACUCUGUGCGCAUUGUCUCACGACCUUGGUGGCUGCAUGAAGAAGGCAUCCAGGAAAUGUCGCGGAGACUUAAAUUACCACUUUUUCGAAAAGCUUGUUCGAGAUUUGAAUACGAACACGGGAGUGGUAAAAAAUUGUGCGGGUGGGAUGGUUAAAGGGUCCGAGGAGAACAGUUCGAAUGGGAGUUCUCAAACUUCCAUGUCCAGUCAUCACGAAAUUAGUCAUCACAACCACCACGGUCGCAACCGAGAGCGAGCAAGGGGUCGAAUAAACCAAGCCUUGGACCACUGCGCCCCCAAAGUGGACGCUCCACUCGCUGGCUGCGGUCUUUACGGGUUAACUAACCUGAAAAGCUUCUCAGAAUCUCUGAACUACACGGAUAUCAACUACUGCAGUCUAGCUGGUGCUUGGAACCUCAUCGACACUCCAGAAUUGUCUGUACAAAUUACAAACAAAGGUGGCUUAUCACCACUGCCAAAAGAUAUAACUGCCACUACUCUGGUCACAGUGAUAAUAAAGAACAGUGAAUGCUCAGAGCGUAAACUUUAUCAAGCAACAUUUGACGAAGUUCCUGGCAUGUUUUCCGAUGGUUCCACCACCUCUGGAAAUGUUUUCAUCGAAACGGUCACCGAGAGUGAGCAUUCCAAAAUCCACCUUCCUUAUCUUUCAACCACCAUUGAUGUGAUAAAGGUUUUAGACAAAAUUCCAAUUCCGUCCCUCGCCGUAACAAUAAAGAUGCCCCAAGCCUCUGCCCAAGGGUUCAUGUCAGAGCCCAAGCGCCUUCGUGGCCUUCCUCUGUGCUUUUACGGAUGUCCACGCACCGCCACAAUGAGGCCAAAGCCAUUGGCAGAGUCCUCUUCACUGAGCACGAAAAGCGGAGCGACGUCCACGUCGUCGUCGUCGUCCAGUACAAAUAACAAUAAUAAUUAUUACAAGAGUAAAUGUCCCAACCCGGAAGUGGGCAAAGGUUCUGUUGAUGAUUACGAACUGCCACAAGCGGACGGUGCACCUUCUUCCGUCCAUCCAUCCUCACCCGCGUCCAAGCCCCAACGACGUCGUUCGGAGGACACCGAAUUUUCUGGAUCCCUCUCUGCCGAAUUUCUAAGUCAAAGCAGCUCUUUUGCGAAUACCGAUUUUGGUGGGCAGCGAAGCCAGAGAAGUCAUUCCAGUAAUACGGCCGUCAUUUGUGCGUCGCUGAAUAGUGUGCACGCUGUGCUGUUAGAUACCGUCGUGGUCGGAGUAAAGUUAAAGUUUCCUGGAGAUGGUAAUUUUAUCGACCUUUACAACUCUCAAGACUCUAAUUUUGUCAGUUUCAGUUCCGCCCUGACAAGUCAGAGCUCUCCUGUUAGUAAAUUCCAUUGUGUAUUUGUAUAUUUAACAGCUACCCUGAUAUUUGCGUGGAGCUGAUGCUAAAUGCUAAUUACUUAUAAGUAAUAAUAAUGUGACAUUUAUUUAUCUUAGUUUUGACCUCGUGUAGCUUAUUUACUGUGUAGUGGAACAUGACUUUGUACUUUAAACUGUAUUUAUUUUUUAUUCUGUUUAAGAAAUUUUAGCCUACAUUGUUUGUUCAUCAAGUAUUAAUUAAUUCCAAAGCAAGCAAGCUACCUUACGUGUUUACAUUGUACACGAAGAAUUGCAACUCUUUUUUGCAUAUUAUUUAUGUAUUCAUGUGCCAAAUUGUUGCGUAAUCUUAAAGCGCAUAAUAUUUUUAUAAAAGAACCUCUGUACCACUUGUAAGGUCGAUAUUUACCAUGAGACUAAAUGAGGCAGCUUGUAGGAGUAAGGAAAUAUAUUAAAUAUAUGUAGUAUGACCAAAAUAAUACACAAGUUAUGCAACAGGCAGAUAAUAUGUAAGCAGAAGAACAAGGGGUGAAUCUUCUACACGUAUGAAGAAAGUAGAAAUUUUAAAAAAAUGCAAUUAAUUAUGGUCCAAUUUGAAUAGGGGACAAAACGUCUUUGUGUUUUUUUUAAUAGAUUGUAUGUGUGUAUGCUAAUGUGAUGUGAUGAGCUUCAACGUGUUCGUUCGUGCCGUCUUUUUGUGACCAUACAACAAGCAAAGAUCUCAAGUUAUAUACAAUUAACUUUACAACGUAAAAUAAAUAAAGAUUUUUAUGAAAUUGAUGAAAAA